CACAGCUGUACGGACCCGCCAGUUCCCUCUGCCUGUCACACUGGGAGCACUGGGAGCACCUCCAUUUAACACGCUUGUAACCUCCACUGUUCUCACGAUUGUCCUUUCUCCCUCCCCUGACAACACAAAUUCGGCCAUGCUGUUUCAGUCACCAUUUUAUGGCAGGUAGCUACCAUUUUUUUUAUAACUUCAUGGCUUCUGUAUUUAUGUAUUGCCCUUUGGCUGCCAGGACCAGGCACUGCUUUGCCAUUUUACACAGCACUAUGUCAGAAAAUGAAACCUCCUCUUUCUGCACACGGGGACCACUGUUUGAGACAAGGCAGUAUGACUAUGCAGUUUGAUGCUCAAUUUAACGUAUUCAUAUACAGAGUGAUGUACUUUCCCAUAAUGAUUAUGUUUGAAUUAAAUUUCCAUAACUUGUUUAAUGAUUUGCAACACAGAAAUACCAUCAUACAUAGAACAUUUUGUAUGUAGGCAUAUUGGCUGUGUUAUUGAUAGCUUUAAGGAAAAGCAAUUCUGUUCCAAAUAAUAGCUUUCAUAUCUCAUAAUUUUGCUAAAUGUUUAGCACGUGUUAUUCCAAGUAUUUAAUUGUAAUUGUAUUUAAUUGUAAUCCAGAUAUCCUGAUACAGUUGUUUGUUUGUUUGUUUUUGCUAGGGCACUUUUUAAAGCAAUGAUCUAGAAAACAGGACACAUGCAAAUACCUUCUGUAUGUGAGUCAUUAGACCUUUUAUGAUGUUAUGUGUUAUAGAGAAAUGAGUCAUUUAUUGUUUAAAGGAAGACACAGCUGUUACGUUUUCUAAUGAGAUAAAACCUCUGCGCUGUUUUCUAUAAAUGGCAAGUCAAAUGAGCUUUCCUCUCAGCUGUUGUUUCAGCAGCUGACUGUUAAAGUAACUGUGGUGUGCAUGUAAUACUGGUGAUUGUAGAAAAUCUUUCAAAGGAUAUAUUUUAAUGAAAUACUAUCUAUGCUAAAAAGCAGUCAUUACUUCAAUAAACUUUUUUAUUGUUGUAAAUCUUGCAUUCAAGUAGUUGUAUUUUGAUCCUGUUUCCAUUACUUUCAAAGAACAUUUUAGCAUAUGGGUCGAGAUUUCAAUUUGAAUUAUUUUGGAAAGCAAAACUUUACCGGAAAUAACAUAUAUUUUAUCUCUAAACAAUAGUGUUUGGUUUAAAACCAAAUGGAUAUUAAGAAGCAGCCCAAUAUUUCGAGGUCUUCAUAUCAGAAGGAAUUGUAUAUGUGAUAUGGUUAGGUAUAAAAAUAAUCUUAGAACAAGGCAGUUGAUACAAAGUUAUGGAGUUUGUUAGUAUCUUUAUGACUGCAGCAAUGAGCUGUAUUAAGCAACUCUGAAAAAGUGAAUAGUAAUUAAAACUGACAACUCGAUUAAUAAUAUUUCUAUUUCAGAAUAUUUAGCAACAUGUAAUUGUGCAGUCUUGCUCAUAGCUGUCUCUGUGAGGGUCAGAUUCUGCUGUCCUUACUCACGUCAAUUUAUUACAUUACACAUAAUCUUACUGAUUCAAUGUGGAGAAUGAUGGCAAAACCUGACCAUAGUGACUAAGAGCAACAGUUGCUUCUUUCAGUCUUUGACAGCUGCAAGAGCAAGUCUGUUUUUCCAAACCGUCCAUACCAAAUUCCGACCUGUAAGAGUAUGUACCUAUAUUUAGCUAGUGAGAUUAAGUUGCAGAGGCUUCAAGCAGGGCAAAAAGCACAUUGGUCUGCCUUUUUUACAAACCUUUGGGCAGACAACAGCUAAAGACAGCUAAAUCUUUCUACUCCCUCCCCUUUCCCAAGUGUUUGCGAAAUGGAUUCCCAAAGGGAACUCACUGAAGAGCUCAGACUUUACCAAUCCACCCUCCUUCAGGAUGGCCUCAAGGAACUCCUUGAAGAGAAAAAGUUUGUAGAUUGCUCUCUAAAAGCUGGUGACAGAAGCCUGCCUUGCCACAGAUUGAUUCUGUCGGCAUGUAGCCCUUAUUUUCGUGAGUAUUUCUUAUCUGAGCAAAAUGAAGAGAAAAAGAAGGAGGUAGUUCUAGAUAAUGUUGACCCCAACAUCCUGGAAAUGAUUGUCAAAUACCUUUAUUCAGCAAGUAUUGAUCUCAAUGAUUCUAAUGUGCAAGAUAUUUUUGCUUUGGCCAGCCGCUUUCAGAUCCCUUCUGUAUUCACUGUGUGCGUCUCCUAUCUUCAGAAGAGGCUCGCUGUUGGUAACUGUCUGGCCAUCCUUCGGUUAGGUGUUCUGCUUGAUUGCCCAAGACUUGCAUUUUCUGCCCGUGAUUUUGUUUCAGAUCAUUUUGUGCAGAUCUGCAAAGAAGAGGACUUCAUGCAGCUUGCCCCGCAUGAACUUAUCUCAGUUAUUUCACCUGACAGUUUAAACGUAGAGAAGGAGGAGCUGGUAUUUGAAGCAGUAAUGAGAUGGGUCCGAACAGACAAGGAGAACAGAGUAAAGAGCCUGGGGGAAAUUUUUGACUGCAUACGUUUUCGUCUAAUGCCAGAAAAAUAUUUCAAAGAACAGGUUGAGAAGGAUGAUAUAAUUAAAAGCAACUCAGAACUUCAGAAAAAAGUAAAGAUUAUUAAGGAUGCUUUUGCUGGAAAACUGCCUGACUCUAGCAAAAGCACAGAAAAGUCAACCAAAGGGGAGGUGAAUGGUGAUGUAGGAGAUGAAGAUUUACUGCCGGGCUACCUAAAUGACCUUCCCAGGCAUGGCAUGUUCGUCAAAGACCUGAUUCUUCUGGUUAAUGACACAGCUGCAGUGGCCUAUGAUCCUCUUGAAAAUGAAUGCUACCUAGCAGCCCUCGCAGAACAGAUUCCCAGAAAUCAUUCCAGUAUAGUCACCAAACAAAAUCAAGUCUAUAUUGUUGGAGGACUCUAUGUGGAAGAGGAGAACAAGGAUCAGCCUUUCCAGUCAUACUUCUUCCAGCUGGAUAGCAUUGCUGGUGAGUGGGUUGCCCUUCCUCCUCUGCCAUCAGCCAGGUGUCUCUUCGGGCUGGGAGAGUCAGACAACAAGAUCUAUGUAAUAGCAGGCAAGGACCUUCGCACUGAGGAGUCGCUAGAUUCAGUACUGUGCUAUGACCCUGUGGCAAUGAAAUGGAGUGAGAUCAAAAAACUGCCCAUCAAAGUAUAUGGCCAUGCAACUAUCUCAAACAAUGGAUUGAUAUAUUGUCUUGGUGGAAAAACUGAUGACAAGAAAUGCACUAAUAGAUUAUUUGUCUACAAUCCCAAGAAAGGAGACUGGAGAGACCUGGCUCCAAUGAAAGUGCCUCGCUCGAUGUUUGGAACAGCCAUCCAUAAGGGCAAGAUUGUCAUUGCAGGUGGUGUCACUGAGGAAGGCCUUACAGCAUCUGUUGAAGCUUUUGAUCUGACCACCAAUAAAUGGGAGGUAAUGCCUGAAUUUCCCCAAGAGAGAAGUUCCAUUAGUUUAGUCACUUUAAGUGGAGCUUUGUAUGCUAUUGGAGGCUUUGCAAUGAUUCAACUUGAAUCUAAAGAAUUUGCACCUAGUGAAGUCACUGACAUAUGGAAGUAUGAUGAUGAGAAGAAGGAAUGGGUUGGCAUACUGAAAGAGAUCCGAUACGCUACUGGAGCCUCCUGCCUGGCCACACGCUUAAACCUCUUCAAGUUAUCAAAACUGUAAACAAAAUGCUGGAAGAUAAGGUGAUAGGAUGAGGGAGUUUUGAUAGGCUCUUCUGGUUUUGUUGCAUGAAAAUGUCGCCAAAUUGUACAGUUUUGUAGA